ACUCUGGCGAAGUGGGCUGGCUCGGUAGCAAUAGCAAAACCGGUUCAACCCACAACAGAAGUGAAUACUUAAAAAGCGAGCAGGCAAGUGCAAGACAAAGUCACAGAGCGCUUUCUGCGAGCAUCGUUGCUACUGCAGCGUGUCUUUUCGCUCAGCAGAUAUUAGCAAGUGAUGAUCAGGGGCCCUUCUUAUUUGUGCCUCUUCCGGGGAAUCAUUUUAAAGUUAAACGGGGAUAAUCGAAUCGAACAACACUUUUAAACAACCACUACAUUUGUGUUAUUCUGAAAAACAAAUUCAGGAUCAUCCCGCUGGUUUCGUUCUCGGGGGUACGACUCUAUGCUAGCUGAGCACAAGUUGGGACACGAGCUAGGGAGCUAGCACUCGCCGUAGUUAGCCGAAAAAGGCAGCGAGGCAAGCGGUCGUCGCCUCCCCCUCACCCUCACCGAGCGUCUGCGAGAUGGGCUUACUGAGUCAAGGCUCCCCCCUCAACUGGGAAAACACCAAGAAGUAUGCGGAUUACAUACGGUCGCACGGCAUCAUUCAGUUCAUCAACAUUUACAACAAUUUGAAGGACCGGCAGAAGGAUGUACUCAAAUGGGGCGAUGAGGUGGAGUACAUGUUGGUGGAACUGGAUGACAAGGAUGAAAAGGUUCGACUGGUGUUGAAUGGCGAUGAAGUUUUGGAUACCCUCCAAGGCCAAGGUGAAAAGAUAAAUCCCAACCAUCCCACGCUUUGGAGGCCAGAAUAUGGCAGCUACAUGAUAGAAGGAACUCCAGGGCAGCCGUAUGGCGGCACCAUGUCGGAGUUUAACACUGUCGAGAGCAACAUGGGGAAGAGACGACGAGAGGCUUCUUCUGUCCUCAACCAAAAUGAAAUUCUCUGCACAAUCACCUCUUUUCCAAGACUGGGUUGCCCUGGUUUUACAAAGCCUGAAUAUCCGCCAACGCCUUUUGAGAGUGGCGCAUCAAAGUCACUGUUUUUCCCAGAUGAAGCCAUUAACCACCACCCAAGAUUCAGCACCCUCACCAGGAACAUACGUCACAGACGAGGAGAGAAAGUCGCAGUCAAUGUACCAAUAUUCAAAGACAAGUGCACGCCAUCUCCUUUCGUGGAGACGUUUCCUGAAGAUGAUGGGGAGUCGGCAAGGGCAGCUCUGCCUGACCACAUCUAUAUGGACUGCAUGGGCUUUGGGAUGGGCAACUGCUGCCUGCAGGUUACUUUCCAAGCUUGCAGCAUCGAUGAGGCAAGAUACCUCUAUGAUCAACUGGCGACAUUCUGCCCGAUAGUGAUGGCUCUGAGCGCAGCCUCUCCCUUCUACAGAGGCCACGUGUCAGACAUCGAUUGUCGCUGGGGGGUUAUUUCUGCCUCAGUGGAUGACAGGACGCAGGAGGAACGUGGACUCAAGCCUUUAAAAAACGACAAAUAUAGAAUCUUCAAGUCAAGAUACGACUCCAUUGACAGCUACUUGUCUAACUGCGGCGACAAGUAUAACGACAUUGAAUUGACGAUCGAUGAAGACAUCUACAAUCAGCUACUGGGUGCAGGAAUUGACAAGCUGCUGGCCCAGCACAUUGCUCACCUCUUUAUCCGAGAUCCGCUGUGCGUCUAUGAGGAGAAAUUGCAACAGGACGACGAGAAUGAGUCGGACCACUUUGAGAACAUCCAGUCAACCAAUUGGCAGACGAUGAGGUUCAAACCACCUCCUCCCCACUCGGACAUCGGCUGGAGAGUUGAGUUCCGCCCGAUGGAGGUGCAGCUCACUGAUUUUGAGAACGCUGCUUAUGUGGUCUUUGUCGUCCUGCUCACCAGAGUGAUCUUGUCCUACAAACUGGACUUCCUCAUCCCUUUAUCCAAGGUGGAUGAAAACCUAAAAGUGGCACAGAAGAGAAAUGCAGUGAAGGAUGGAAUGUUCUACUUCCGAAAGGACAUCUUCAAAGGAUGCAACCCAGGCCUGGAUGGCACCUCCUCGGUCCAGAACGGCUUGGAGACAGGCGGAGCUCACGAGGAGUACACGCUGAUGAGCAUCGACACUAUCAUCAAUGGACAAGAGGGAGUUUUUCAAGGGCUCAUUCCUAUCCUCAAUUGCUAUCUGGAGAAUAUGGAGGUUGACGUGGACACCAGGUGCACCAUUUUGAAUUACCUGAAGCUUAUCAAGAAGCGCGCCUCAGGCGAGCUCAUGACGAUGGCAAAGUGGAUGAGGGAUUUUGUGGCCAAGCAUCCCGAGUACAAGCAGGACAGCGUCAUCAGCGACAAGAUCAACUACGACCUCUUUGUGAAGUUCAACAGGAUUGCCAUGGGCCAAGAACAAUGCCCGGAGCUCAUUGGGAAUCCAGUCAACAAGGUUAAGUGAGAACCUUCGCUGGCAACAUGUAUCAGACAAAACGACCAAAUUAUGUGGCUCUUGUUGAAAUCGAUCCAAUGUUUAAGAUAUGAUAAAACAUUGUUUUUAAAAACAAUACACAUUUGCAGCAAUCUCAUGUACUGUACAUAUACUGUAUCUGAUUUUUCUGACUGGAAAUUAUUUUAAUAAGGUUAAGACAUGCUCAAGUUAUGUCAGAAAUUGUGUAUUUAUUUUUCUCUGGAAAUCUGGAUGACAAUGUAAAUGUAGCAAUGAGUUGUACAGUAGUUUUUCCCCUCCUCUCUACUGUUAAUACUGCACUUGUGCUCUUUGCAACAUUAACACAGCGUGCUGUGCUGUGUGUUUGUCUCGUUGCAUCUGUGCACUUUCUUCUACUUUGGGGAUAAGCUCCAUUUGAUUUCACCAAGAUGAUCUGUUUUUACUUUACUUGGAAUUGUAGUCGCAGGAAUACAAGUGGAGGUAGUUUACAUGUGAUGCUGCUUCAAAUAAAUCUGUAUGACACA